AUGGAAGAGUGCGGUCGAGUAUCAGCGUCUCUUGAACAGGCGAUACCAGCCUUUAGCCAGGCCAAAUCAGCUAACAAUCUAGUUGUUAGUAUCGUCGCCGUCCACGGAUUGAAUGGAGACUCAAUAACCGCGUGGAGUGGUCCCGAGACUGGGACGCUCUGGCUAAAAGACUUGAUCCCGAAACACAUACCCCACGCGCGAGUUCUGUCCUUCGGAUACGAAUCCUCCUCCUGCCGUUUUGACUGGCCCGGAUUUGUAGACAAAAUCCGAAGUCUUGCGACGACCUUAGUUGCGGAUCUUGAAGCAGACAGACAGAAGCUUGGGGGACUGUCGAACCCGGCCGAUAAUCUUUGUCUGCCAUGGACUGGGAGGUGUAAUUGUCAAGAAAGCACUUGCCCACUCUGCAAAUUCAACAUUUUUAUUUCGACGUUUGCCAUCUUGUUCUUUGGAACACCGCACAUCAAUAUCAACUUGGCCAACCGGCUUGUUCUAGAAUCCUCCGGGGUCGGAGAUGGCCGCGCUCAACGACUGGGGUAUUCACAAUCGUCACCCCCGAAGAAGCUCCAGAGCUUGGAAUCCAUUACUGAUCAAUUUGCCCCUUUAAUGAGAAAGUUCUAUACUACCUUUUUCUGGGAAGGGAUGCCGACCGAUUUUGGAGGCUAUCAUGAUUUCCUUGUUGAACCGGCCUCCGCCGCUCCGGCUAUCUACGAGAGCCCAAAAUAUGCAAUUGUCGGCGCAACGCACUCAAGAAUGGUGAAGUUGUUAGAUUGGAGUCCAUCUUACUCUACGGUGCUUGCGACGCUGAAACGGUGCUGCUUGAAGGCACCCGGUGUGAUUAAUGAUCGCUGGAAGAAGGCCAGGGAUGCACUGGCGCGAGCUCGGCUUAAUGAAGCCCAUGAAAUGGCUGGGUUUCACUUCAGAAGUGCGAAAUCAGCACCUUUAUACGCCCUUGCUUCUGUAAACUACAUCGGGAGGAAAGAGAUCAGGGAGCAGAUUCGACAGGCACUUCUUCUGCCAGACACCAAGUUCAUCAGACAGAGCCAGAGGCGCCUUAUCGUACAUGGCAUAGCAGGCUCGGGGAAAAGUCAGCAGUGCACAAAUUUCGCUUCUGACACCCGCGAAAGUUACUGGGGCAUUUUUACAAUCGACGCGACAUCCGAGGCCCUUGCAGCCAAAUACUAUGCCAACAUCGGCAAGAUAGGGGGUUUGGCAAGCACGGAAAGCGCUGGGAAACAUUACCUCUCACAAGCUCGCGAGCCAUGGUUGCUGAUCAUUGAUAACGCAGAUAACCCUGACCUUCAUCUUCCCAACUUGUUUCCUCCCGGAGAUCGAGGGCACAUUCUCGUGACCACGAGGAACCGGGAAAUUCAACGGUAUGGGAAUGUAGGGAGCAUAGAGCUUGGAAGGCUUGGAGAGGAAGAAGCACUCCAUCUACUCCUGAGUUCGGCAGGAAUCUCGACCCCAUGGGAUAAGUCGACAGAGACGAGAGGCAAGGAGAUUGCUAAUGUCUUGGGGUAUUUGGCACUCGCCAUAAAGCAGGCCGGGGCUGCAAUAUCUUGCAAACUUUGCAGCCUUGAAGACUAUCUCACUUUUUAUCAGUACUACCGAAAGAAGCGCAAACAAAAAGAUUCUAUUGCCUCCGGCAGUGCCAGAGAAGAUAUUUACUCUGCCUUCGACCUUUCAUUCGAACAUCUGGAUAGGAAACAGACGAGCACGAGCCAGGAUGCUAUCGAUAUUCUCAAUAUUGUCAGUUUUUUCCACUUCUGUGUGAGCUAUACACCCUCUCCCUCAUCGGCUAUGACGAAGACCUCAAGAGCUUCCGUCUCCAAUCCCAAUCUCCAUCAAAGCUAUAGGAAUGAUGGUGACAGAUGUUCAUCACAACCACUCAGUCCGACCAUUAGCGACGUAAUGACGGCCUCGUCGCUGGAUAUUCCGCCUCCAAUGCCUCCGCGCCCACCAUUGAGGUCCAAAGCAUCCGUUGCCACGAUUGCUGACCCCUAUUCUAGUCGCUGCGAGAGGAACUUCAAUAGCAAUGGUUGGACUUCCGCCUCAGUCCAGCGCGCUGCAACGGACAUGAUUCCUCCAUCGGAUUUCAGGACUACUCAGUCAUCCACUUCAGUAACUAUGCAAAAAGCCUUUGGCGAAGCCCGAUAUCUUCUGGGUGGACUCAUAAGCCGUCCUGCAGAGUCCAACAAGCAUUUUACCAUAUUGCGCCACUCACAAGGCGUGGUCUUCUAUCGUGGCAGCACCACAUCUGUUACGAUUUCUAUCUUCUCUGAUGCCCCUUUACCUCCCGACCGUUCCUUGUGGCUCCAGAACAAGGGCUGGACAGGAAAAACGGGGAUGCGCGCCAAGGCUCUAUUCCGACUGACGGAUGACUGGCUGGACAUCACACCCACUCUGGCCUUGCGCUCCGACCAAGUAGAGCCAAACGACGAGCGGGCAUGGCAGCGUGACAUUGCCAAGUUUCUGAAAAAGGCUCCGUCGCGUGUGCGCGACACACAUCGCCUGCGCGAGACGGCCGUCGCACGGAUUCCUGCUGAGGCCGGCGACGGGUACUUUCAGGUUGUACUUUGUCAGGGCCCCAAAAAAAAGGUUCUUUGUACGAGUCCAGUGUUUCGCAUUCUUUCCACCUCUCUUGAACCGAGCUCGAUUCGGGGCGCUAGUUUGGCUACCCUCCCAUUGGAGGUGGGUGCGAUGGUGCUGGGGCUAUACGCGCAGACAGCGGCGCAGACCGUUAUUAACCCGGCCACAUCGCUCGUACAAUCAACAAUUCAACCUCUUAAGCCCUCCUGGGUCACACAGACUGCUGCUGAGACAGCCUACGGGAUUGGCAUGUCCAUGCGAUCAAGCGAUGACGACAGUACUCAGGGCCCUGCGGCAGCAAUGGCCCGCGGUCAACAGGAAGCGAUCUCUUUAGAGACAGGACCGAGUCCGCCAUACCCCAUGAGCUUCAAAGCGCGAGCUGAAGCCAUUCAAGGAGAAAGUGUCUAUGACAUGCAACGGAUGCGACUCAGUAAGGUUCCCGAUCUGAUUUUGGACCGGCUACAUGGUUUCUUCUUCGGCUGGGCGCGACUUCUAUUCGCCAGAGAGAAUGGCGAAUGGACAGGUUCUCAAUGGUAUCAGGCCAUCCUUGCCAUCCGCAACCUAGAUCUUUCUCAGCAGACGCAUGUGAACAUGUCCCAGGUGAUGAAACGCGUCACCACCGUUCGCUUCCUGGAGGAGGUUGAACUACCCGUUCAGUCCCGCGUCGAGGUACGUGUACUCGGUUUUCUUCGGCCCGAUAUGCCGCCGCCCUGCGGAAUAACUGAGGAGGAAUUGCUUGAAGCCAGAAAUGCCGCGGCUGAAGCGGCCAUGUUGGCGGAUGCGUGCGACGCGUCGUACGCCCAGAACGUCCUGGAUCAUCCAGCUUGGGGACCAGACAGUCAAAGAGAAGCCGGAGUUGUUGGUCGUGCCAAAGAAGGAAUUGAAAACAUAUGGGCGCGUGGCCAGAAGGUCGUUGAACGGGUCCCACUGCAUUGGCUGGGAGUGAGAUCUCCUACAGCAGAGAUGCGAGACCGACAAAUUACUAUGAAUGGAUUCUACGUGGUCCGCUGA